AUGCUUACUACCGAACGUCUGAUUCUCCGCUCUUAUGUCGAGAGCGACCUCGAUGAUAUCCAUCGCCUCUGGAACGAUCCACUCGUUCAGCCCUUUAUCAUGAACGAUGCUGUCACUCUUCUUGGUCCAAAGUUCAAGGAGAAAAUAAGAGUUGCGAUGGACCAGGCAAACUUUGGUGCCGUAAUCGCGCUCAAGGAGACUGGGGAAUUCAUGGGUCAGGGAUUGAUCACUGUCUCCGAACCAAAGAAUCGCGAUGGCACAUUUGGGAUCUGUUUACUUCCAAAAUUUUGGAGUAAUGGAUAUGGAACCGAGGCGACAAAGUUCAUGAUCGAUUUUUCGUUCAAGUGGUUCGGUCUGAACAGAAUGUCCCUCGGGGUCUUUGCAAAUAAUCCACGAGCAAUUGCUGUCUAUGAAAAAGUUGGGUUCGUUAUAGAGGGUAGGAAGCGCCAGGCAGUGUGGAUGGAUAAUCACUGGGAAGAUCUUUUGACGAUGGGCAUCUUGCGAGACGAAUGGCAAGGGCAACGUUGA